AUUUUUAUUUUUUUUAAAUAACAUCAUCAGUGCACAAAUGCCAUAGGCUUCACUUCUUCUUCCUCCGUUGUAGCUUUCAUUCUGCUGCUUAUUCCGCUGUAAAUUUUGUGCUCAUUUCAAACAUUUACUGUUAAAUGUUUUCUAUUGGAAUGGGUAAUGCAAGAAGGGAUACCACUGUUUUAAGACAAAAUCAUUAAUAAAACUAAAACUGGGCAUUCUAUUGUUUAAAAUGCAGAUUCCUCUUCUCGCCCUCAUGGCUCCUCUCAGCAAUGUUGAGCCCUCUCCGUGUUUGUGGGAAUUGCGGUAGGCGUAUAGAGGGUCACUCUGGUUUUUGACCAUCCCCCGGCCAGAUUGACAACAUCCUAAUGGAGUGCCUUUAUGAAAUGCAGAGCUACAGGCACACGGUUCUCUGUCAAUGCGGCGUUUGCCACUGAAUAUGAAGCAGGAGCGCAGAGAGACACACACCCCCGCAAUGGCCUAUUCAGCAUGGUUAUUAUAAUGAUGAUCAUUAAUGAAACAUCCUCUACAGCCUCUUGCAUACCUAUUGCAGAUUUUUUUUAUUUAUUUUUUUGCUUGUGACAAUAGGCAUCUUGUCUUGCACACAUGAUCAGAAGUUAGUUUUGCCUUAGCGUUUUUGAUAAAAUAAAGGUGUUUUUUCCUUUUGUAUUGUGUUCUGCUCAGGUAAUCAGUAUGAUGCACCUCUGUGCAGCGCUCCAUCACAGACUUUGCGAAGUUUACGCACAACAUAAAAAAUUUAUUCGAAAUGAGUAACAACACAGGCAAACAAAAUGGUGGUUGCUGCUGGAUGACAGCAAUUCAGAUAGUCAGACACCAGCAUAGAGGAAAUCUGAAGGAAAAACGUAUUUGUAUCACAGAGCGGCAAACGCUGACAGCUGGUGUGGCUUUUACUAAUUGGAUCACAGUGUUUUUGGUGUCCCCAUUAUUAUAUGCUGGUGCAUUUUCCGUGAUUUCCCUGUAGCAGUCAUGGACGUGCUGGGCAGGUGGGCAUCUCCGGCUGAGCUAUCACGAUGAUGGGGUCUACAGAGAAGGAGACCCUGCUGAUUGCCUCAGGGCUUUUUGAAAGGUGUGCCGAGUGCACCAUGCCCAUGUGGGCCAGUUCUGCAGCCAUUGCAGGGUGGAGUCAGGGUUCGGUCUGUCGUGUCUGCAAAACAAGAUGUCGCUACUUCAGAAUUAUAUCAUUGGGCAGUGACUGCUGACAUCGCAGCAGAAUGCUGGAUUGUGGGCUGGAUUAGUGAAGCAGCUCAGCUUCCAUUCUUUACAGUUAUUUGGCUAAGGUGGUGUCUGCCUUGGAACCCACCCUCAAUGUUCAGGCUUGACCAUCAGUACAUGGGCUUAUGUUCCAGGAAUAACAUGAAAGCACUUCCUUUGUUUCCUCUGGAUAUUAGCGCAGUCAAAAAGAGCACUAAUCGCUAAAUACAAUACGGCUUUGCCCAAGGGUAUAAUUUAGGCACAAAUACUGUGUCAGUGAAGGUGAAAUUGGGGGAUCUAACCAGGUGAUUGGAGCCUCUGAUCAUUUAUCAUCAAACCAUAACAGCAGCACUUUGUACAAGUCCUGUCCUCCAGUCCUGUCCUCCCCCCCCAGGUCGGACAGACCCUGUGCCUAUCAUCCUCAAAUACGAUGUCAUGGGAAUGGGCCGCAUGGAGAUGGAGCUGGACUACGCCGAGGAUGCCACAGAGAAGCGGCGAGUGUUGGAGGUGGAGAAGGAGGACACGGAGGAGCUGCGGCAGAAGUACAAGGACUACGCUGAGAAGGAGAAGGCCAUUGCAAAGGCGCUGGAAGACCUGAGGGCCAACUUCUACUGCGAGCUUUGUGACAAGCAGUACCAGAAACAUCAGGAGUUUGACAACCACAUCAACUCCUACGAUCACGCGCAUAAGCAGAGACUGAAGGAGCUAAAGCAGAGGGAAUUUGCCCGUAACGUGUCCUCACGGUCACGGCGGGACGAAAGGAAGCAGGAGAAGAUGCUGCGCCGGCUGCAUGAGCUGGCUGAGCAGAGAAAGCAGCAGGACUGUGCCCUUGGGAGCGGCCCCAUGUUCAAGCCCACCACUGUGGCUGUGGAUGGUGAGGCAGGGGAAGAGGGCCCCUCAGAGGGUCUUUCUGCUGGAGAUCUGUGUACUGAGGGGCCCCCAGCCCCAGACAAGGUGCUUGCCAGCCAUGGUGCCCCCUCACCCAAGUCAGUGGCUGCAGCUGGCUUCUCCGUGAACUGUAGCGGAUCCUCACCCUCCUCUGCUGCCGCCCCAAUGCCCAAGGUCAGUGUGUCAUUCUCCUUCGCCAAGAAAACCCCGGUCAAACUGGAGACCGCAGCCGCGGUGUUCACGGACCAUGGGGAGGAGGCUCUGGUAGAGGAGGGCCAGGAGGGGGAGGAGGCAUCGGGGACACCAAGGGCGACCAGUGCAGAAAGCCCCAGCAUGGAGGAGGAGGAGGAGCAGCAGCAGCAGCAGCAGCAGCAGGAGGUGGAUGAAGGGAGCUCCCUGGCCUCCACCCUCUCAAAAUUGAAGAUGAUGAUGAAGAAGGAUGAGAGCGUCUCGGGCCAGGAGCCCCAGUACUAUCACUAUGUGCCGCCAGCUCACUGUCGCGUGAAGCCAAAUUUCCAAUUCCUCGUUUUCAUGAAGGCCUCAGACCAGACCGGGAACCAAGAGGAAGAAGAAGAGGAGCAGCAGCAGGUGGCAGGCAGUCCUGCGCAGCAGCAGAGUGAUGAUGACAAAGACAAAAAAGAGCCAGAUGCUCCACCCGAGUUGCCGGUCUUGGAAUCUGCCACUGCUGAAGCCCCCCAAGUGAAGGCUGAGCAGGAAGGUGCUGAAAAGGAGCCCCCAGAGAGCAGCCGCGGUACAGGCGAGCCUCACGUGGGACCCCGCCUCCUCACGGGCCCCUUCUUCCCUGUCCUCAGCAAGGAUGAGAGCACCACCCUGCAGUGGCCCUCUGAGCUUUUGGAGUUCACACGUGCCCAGCCGUCAUUGUCCUAUAGCUGCAACCCACUCUACUUUGACUUCAAGCUCUCACGCAACAAGGGAGCCCGUGCCGGGAAACAGUCCAGCGCUGCUGUAUCCGACGGCAAGUCGGAGCCGGCUGAGGGGCCCGGGGACCCACUGGCCCCAGGCUCCGGCACGGACAAGGGGGAUAGGAGGGAUGGAGGAGAGGACAACCAGAAGCUUCAGCACAGCAGCAGCAAGAAGAAGAAGAAGAAGAAAAAGCACAAGAAGUCUGGCAAGCGCCUGAGGCGAAAAGACCGGGAUAAAGGGGCGGGAGAGGGAGAUGAGGGGGAGGCUGCGGGGGAGAAAGGGAAGAAGAAGAAGAAGAAGAAGAAAAAGAAGCACAAGCGAAAGAAAAGCAAGAACAGGGUGUCCGAAGAGGAGAAGGGCAAGGAUGAGGAGGGGAAUGUGGAGACCUCCGAGGCCGGCAAGAGGAAGCGGCCAGUGAAGGAGGAGCCUGGGAAGCAAGGGGAUGAGGAGGAGGUGGGGAGAGGCGCUGAGAAGCCCGGGACCUCGGAGGAGCAUAACAGCGCCAAGCGGCAUAAGCCCGACCCCAGGCCUGCGGACCCCCUGAGCGGCUCAGCGUCCUGCCCGGCACAGAAGCGGAGCGGCAAGCGGGGUAGCAGUGACAGUGAGGACGGCGGCUCCUCCCACCGCUCCCACCGACACAAUUCCACGUCACGGCAGCGGCACUACAGCGAGGACUCAGAGCGUUCCCGCAGCCGGUCGUCACGGCGGCGCAGUCAGCAACAGCGGCGGCGCCGGGCCAGAGCGCGCUCAUCCCGCAGCCGCUCUUACUCCAGCAGCUCACAGUGGUCCUCCGGGGGCAGCAGCCGCUACAGCCGGCGCAGCCGCAGCUACAGCGACAGCUACAGUGACUACAGCGCCUACAGCGAGGACAGCCGUCACUCCAAGCGUUCCUCUGAUUCGGAAUAUGGCCCCCGGAGGUCCCGGCACCGCCGCCGUUGCUACUCCUCGUCGUCCUCGGAAGCAGAAUCCAGCCGCUCGCGCAGCCGCAGCAGCCGUCCGAGGCGCCGGCGACGCAGCAGCUCCCGCAGCUCCGGCGGCAGCAGCAGCGCCCCCUCCUGGAGGCGCGGCAGCUACAGCCGCAGCCGCAGCUCCGUCAGCCGCUCCUCCAGCUCCAAGGGCUCCCCCUCCCGCCGCCAGCAUGGCCGUGCCGGUUCCAGCCACCGCCGCGACUUCAACCGCUCCCGCAUCUACCGCUCACAGUCUCCGCGUUCCUCCUCCCGGGGUGUCCCUCGCAAGGACUCGUCCUGGAAUAACAGCUCUUCUGUGGGCCACCCCCGAGGGGGUGGGGGCAGUAGCACCAGCCGCACCACCGCCAAUAGGGGAGGUUCGAGGGAGCGCAACUCCCUGACGGCCAGGCAGUUGCUGGAGAAGGUUCAGUCACGCAAGGGUCCGGAGGAGAGCACCACGGGGGUCAAGGCAGGGGUCAAACCGAAGGACCCUCCCCAGGGCUACUUCGGGCCCAAGCUGCCACCCUCCCUUGGGAACAAGGCUAUGCUGCCUCUGUUUGGGAAGCUCCCAGCAGGCAGGAAGCCCACGCCGUCACUGCGCCGGCCAGAGGAGGUGGAGAAGGCAGUGUCAGGCGAGAGCGCGGACACUGGGGGCGAAGUGAUCCUAGUGGAGCCCAUUCGGGAAUUCCCACCACCCCCUCCACCCCCUCCUCCCCAACAACUGGAGGAAAGUCCGAAGGCUGGGGUAAUUCAGGACCCCAUUGGGAUGCCCCCUGGUGAGGCCCAGGUUCUUCCAGAAUCCGGCUUGUACGAGACAGAGCCAGGCUUGCUGGUUCAGUCAUACCCGACCGAGCCAGGACAAGAAGCCCCCACCCCGGGACUGGAGCCCCUCCUGCCAGACAUGCAGCAGCAGCACCAACAGCAGCAGCAACAAACACAGCCCCUGCACUCCUAUCCCGGGUAUGCCCCCCUUGGCAUGGAAGAAGAAGACCUGGGCAUGGAGACGGAGGAGGACUCCUCCCUGGCUCCCCUGGAGAGCCAGCCCAUCACCUUCACCCCAGAGGAGAUGGAGAAGUAUAGUAAGCUGCAGCAGGCAGCCCAGCAGCACAUCCAGCAGCAGCUGCUGGCCAAGCAGGUCAAGAGCUUCCCAUCGGCAGCGGCAGCGGCAGCGGCGGCAGCAGCCGCACAUGCCGUCAGCCUGACCCCCGCGCCCCCUCCCCCGGCCCUGCAGCAGAUUCACAUCCAGCAGCCGGCGGCCUCCCCCUCAGCCACGUCCAUCACCACCGUGCAGCACGCCAUCCUGCAGCACCACGCCGCCACGGCAGCUGCCAUCGGCAUCCAUCCCCAUGCUCAGCACCCCCAUCCGCACCAGCUGGCUCAGGUGCACCAUAUUCCUCAGCACCACCUCACCCCCAUCUCCUUGUCCCCCCUUGGUCCGACUCUAGGCCACUCCCUGGGGCAUUCCCUGAUCCCCGCCCACCCUACUGCCUUUCUCUCCGGACAGCCUAUCCACAUUAUACCUGCUUCUGCCCUGCAUCCAACCCCAUUGGCUUUGCAUCAUGUCCCACACGCGGCUCUCUACCCCACGCUCUUCGCGCCCCGCCCCACUGCGGCUGCUGCUGCCGCAGCCCUGCACUUGCAUCCCCUUCUGCACCCCAUCUUCUCUGGGCAGGACCUCCAACACCCUCCAAAUCAUGGCUCUUGAGGGCAAGCUGUCACACAGGGCUGCCCGGGGCAGGAGUGGAGUUCGCACUGGUGGCCACACCCACACCAGCCUCUUUAUUUCCCCAGCCUGACAGCCAUGUGGCCAACGCAGAAGAGGCCACAGUUGCCUAAGAGCCUGAAAGCAACACUGGUCGUCCUUGGGUAUGUGAAACCAGUCUGCUGUCUUGGAUGGGACCUCUGGUAGUGUGGUUUGCUGCGUUGUGAUGGUGACCUACUGCUGGAGGGGAGGGGAGGGGAGGGGGGUGGGGGUUCAAACUUCUACAUCUCCAGAUUCUGAGCAGGACCUGGAAUCUGGAUUUUCACUGAGGCAGAAGAAUGGAUUUGCUGGAGUUUUGGGUGCAGGCACAAUGAGAGAAAUUUGCAGACUUUGUAGAAAACCAGAACACUGGAGUAUUUUUAUUGUUGUUGUUGUUCCUGUUGUUGUAGUUGAGAUUAAUGUAUCAAGUUUGUUUCCAACAGCCAAAGAGAUGCAAUGGCUGAAGCCAUAAGUUGGGUUUGGGAUGCAGUAUGUGAAGAAAGUAACAAAUAAGGACCUUACAAAAUACCUGACCUAAAAAUAACCAGCAAGUUAAUCCUGAGGGGUCCUUAAGGAAAUAAUAAAUAAUAAAUGGUAUUCUCUAGCUAACUUUGCUGUUAUCAGCAUAUGGCCGUACAAUGGUCUUGUGUUUGCUUCAUCCUUUUUGUAGUUGUGAAAAUGACGUAAGACACUUGAGUGGAUGUUACAUCCCAUUUAUAUUAACGUGUCUUUCAGCCUACAUCUAGUCAAAACGAAUAGUGGUUUACGAGUUCUGAUUUCAUCAAUCAUAUUUGUCAGUAAAUGUACAAAUAUUGCUAACUUAUUAACUCUGUGUAAUUACUUUCAACUGGCUGUGUGGAAUAGACCACAGAAUAUAAACUGAUGACAAGGGCUCUCGGAGUUUAAUUCCCCAAAGCACAGUACCGCCCUAAAAUCCACCUUGGGUAAUAAAAUGCCCUUCCAUGUACACAGAGACACAUAAACACUCACAUGGAUUAAAAGGUCAUACUCAUUGUGAAACAUUGAUUGCACUGAAACAGUACCAUGCUGCUUUUGUAGCAUGUAACUUAUGAUUGUAGGGUACUGCAAUUUUUUUUUUUUCAUGAAUGGUUUUUCAGGUGGAUCUUCUGAAGCAGCAUGUUUUUUUCCCUCUGUAAAUAUGGAUGCUGUCAUAUAGAUGGCUGGAAGAGUUUUUGGUUUGGCCCCUAUGCCUAAUGAAAUGUAAUAUACAAGGACUGUGAGACAAAAUUAAAACAAGUACUAAGCAUGUGUAUUUUAGCAGAACUGGUACUGUUCACUAUAUAUAUAUAUAUAUAUAUAUAUAUAUAUAUAUAGCGCAAAAGUCAACUUUUGAGUGUUGUAUGAAUUUUCUUUCAAUGGUUAAACACCUGUAUUGCCUAUCCUGGCUUUUACAGGUAGUUAACAGCUGAGCACUGUGCCUUCUGCUCCACCCCUCUUGUACAUAAAGACCAGCACUUGAGAUAUGACAGUUGUAAGCAAAGAUGGAUAAGGACAUAUUUGUCUGUGUUUCUCUGAUCCAAAAAGGAAAAAAAAGAAAAAAAAAGUCUCAUCAGCUGCCACUAGAGGGCCUCAGCUGUUUGGCUGAGCUUUAGGAGAGCUCUGUCACCAUACACCAGGGAUGCUAAACCCUGUCCCUCAGGGCCAAAAGACAUUCUAGGUUUUGCUCCGCUCAAGCCCUUUGUUGCAUUAUGUAACAUGUUUUGGACUGUAAAUCACCUCACCUGGGCUUCAGUGUCCAUCAGGUGCUAAAAUGUUCUUGUGCCCAGGGCUGGGCACCCCUGCCAGUUAAAGAAAUGGGCCUGUGUGCAGCUGGGGAAGGCAGUAGUGUGUGAACCUGCUGGUUCUGUGUGUGAUCUGGUUUUUGCUCCUGCUGAAUUUAAAGCAUUAUUUAUGACCUUUCAUCACAAGCUCAUGUGCUCAAGGCUUAUUGCUGUAAAUAAGUGUACAGUGGAAGGAAUACAGUAACAUUAUUCAAAGCAGUUUUAUUGAACUGUCAACAUCUGACUGCAAUAUUGCUGUAAAAUGCUUCUUUAUAAUAAAAAAAUUUAUGGAA